AUGGCGGAGGCACGGGGGAGUCCCCACUCGUUGGUGUUGGCAGUGGCGUCUUCUCUUGCCUCACCAGUCCUCCUCUAUCCGCUGCUGUUGCUUCUCUUUGCUGCAUCUCCUUCACCAGUCAUGGCAGGUACAGUCAUGCCGUGGGUAGACCUGACUCGAAAUCCUCCUCCGAACCUGUAUGCCGCCGGCACUUGUGUGGUGAACAAUGUCGCGUACGUGUUCGAUGGUAGUACGAUCUACACGCUCAGCGAUCCUCAAGGCAGCUGGUCCAAGAUAACAGCACAGGGAUCCACCGGAGCAUACGGUCUCUGGGGGUUCAGGAUGGUUACAGACAACACUUACCUCUAUACGUACGGUUACCAAGGAGGCACAUCACCCUUGUAUCGGUUUCAAAUCUCCACAUCCACAUGGUCGAUCGUCAACGCUACAGGCUCACCUGCAUCACAAAGCGCAUUUGCAAUGGCAUACCUGUCUAACAAGAUCUACGUCUUUGGCGGUUACAACAGGAACGAUGAACUGACAAAUUACAUGAGUCUCUUUGACAUUUCUACCUCUACGUGGUCAACGCUCACGGUCUCGAGCAUUCAGCCAUCGGCCCGCUAUUAUGCCCAGAUGGUUGCGAUAGGAAACUUGUUAUACAUGUAUGGAGGAGCAUAUGCGUCUGCAAGCUACGACGACGUCUACACCUUCAGUCCUUUGAACAAUACCUGGACACUGCUCGAUGUUGCGACUGGAAGUCGACCGACAGGAGGAGGAAGUUACUUCUCGAUGACAAGUAUCGGAAGCUUGAUCUACGUCUUUGGAGGCGAGAGUAAUCAAGUGCUCAGCAACAUCUUGCGAUGGACUCUGGACCUGACGAGUUCAGAGUGGACAAAGAAAGAUGACACUGUGCCUUCAAGUCGCUCUUUCUUUGCAAUGUCAUCUGUGAGCAAGCUCUAUGUCGUCUCAGGAUAUGGAGCAGACAACACCUACAAUCCGUACGUGUACACGCCCUCUACCGACUCCUGGCAAGUCAAAAAUGUAUCAGGGUUCGAGUUUUUGUGGAAUCAAAGAGAGAGUGCUGCAAUGGUAUCAGUAGGAACCAAGACUUACUUACACGGGGGGUAUAGUAGUCUUCAAACAACGGCUUACAACUACGAAGUCAACGUUCUAUUUGGUCAAAUGACGAUCUUUGACACGGCAGCAGAGGCAUGGAGUCAUGUCUACUACAGUUCCCUCUCCACCUCAUCGACGUAUCCAUCUAAGCGAUAUGGCCAUGCAAUGACUGCGCUUGGGACUGCGAUCUACCUAUUCGGCGGUUAUGAAUACACCUAUUCGAGUGGUGAUGGUCAGCUCAAAAGUGACCUUUACAAGUUUGACACAUCUAGCUACCUGUGGAGUCUGCUGAGUGCAGGCGGGUCGAAGCCUUCAGCCCGAUAUCGGCAUGGGAUGGUGGCAGUAAACGGCAAGAUCUACUUGUACGGGGGAGCAGAGAGUCACGACACAAAUACGACUGCUGACACCAACGUGUACGUGCUGGACCCAAGCGCGUUGACAUGGAGCAUCCUGUCGACCGCAGGAUCGACUCCCUCUGGACGUCGAAUGCACAGCAUGGUCUCUAUGGGAUCGCAGAUCUACCUCUUCGGAGGAAAUGAUCCCGCCUCAGGCAAGUCUGGCCGUGAGAUGACCUGA